AUGAAUAAUGGAAAUGUCCCCUUCCAACUGAACGAUUUUGGAACGUCUUCAUCGUCCUUCUUAAUUAUUGGAAGUACUGCGAGCAUAAUAAAUAACUUUGUGUUGACUUUUCAGGUAAUUUUCAGUGGUGCCUAUGUUGAUGAUGAGUUCCUGAAAUUUCUCGAAAAAAUCUGA